UAACUACGAACCCAAUCAAUAGAGAAGAGCGUUGAGCUUCGAUUGCAUCGAAACCCAUAAAACCACACACAAAUAUAUAUACCGAAAUCUCUUGCUUCUCACCUUCUCUCCUAACCCUCUAUCAACCGGAGCAAGCACGCUGUGAAGAACGAAGACCUCCAUUUCUGAUUGGGUGAAGUAAAUCGUUUGAAAUGGCUGCACUUGCAACUCCUAGCACGCAUAUUGCAACAACAAAACCUUGUAUUUCUGCUUCUUGGAAACUUUCCAAGUCAAGCAUUGCAAAUUUUGGUACUGAAUUUGGAGGGGCAUCUUGGACAAGGCUUAAAAGCACUUCUCAUAUCUUGUCAACACGGCCAUUGUUCCAGUGUACAACUUGCACUCCACUAAAAUUCAAAAGGGCUGUAACAAAAGCAAUGGCUCAAGCGAGUGAGGGCAAUCCUUUGCCAGGCUUGCCGAUUGAUUUAAGAGGUAAGAGGGCAUUUAUCGCUGGUGUAGCUGAUGAUAACGGAUAUGGAUGGGCAAUAGCAAAAUCUCUUGCUGCUGCAGGUGCUGAAAUCCUCGUCGGUACAUGGGUGCCUGCACUGAACAUUUUUGAGACCAGUUUACGGCGUGGGAAAUUUGAUGAAUCACGAGUGUUGCCUGAUGGUUCUUUGAUGGAAAUUACAAAAGUCUACCCAUUGGAUGCAGUUUAUGACUGUCCUGAGGAUGUUCCUGAAGAUGUAAAAGCAAACAAGCGCUAUGCUGGGUCUGCAAAUUGGACUGUUAAGGAAGUUGCUGAAUCGGUGAAACAAGAUUUUGGUUGCAUUGACAUCCUUGUGCACUCACUUGCCAAUGGGCCAGAGGUCAUUAAACCUCUGUUGGAGACAUCUAGGAACGGAUAUCUUGCAGCCAUCUCUGCAUCGAGUUAUUCGUUCAUUUCGUUGCUGAAAUACUUUGUUCCACUUAUGAAUCCAGGUGGUGCUUCAAUUUCGCUAACAUACAUUGCUUCUGAACGAAUUAUACCAGGAUAUGGUGGAGGCAUGAGCUCAGCAAAGGCUGCUCUGGAGAGUGAUACAAGGGUUCUGGCUUUUGAAGCUGGAAGAAAACACAAAAUCAGAGUCAACACAAUAUCUGCAGGCCCAUUAAGAAGUCGUGCGGCAAAAGCUAUUGGAUUUAUUGAUAUGAUGAUUGACUACUCUUUGGAGAAUGCACCCUUGCAGAAAGAACUAUCUGCAGAGGAAGUGGGGAAUGCUGCUGCUUUUCUCGUAUCGCCAUUGGCUUCAGCCAUCACUGGUGCUGUUGUGUAUGUUGACAAUGGUCUGAAUGCAAUGGGUGUGGGAGUUGAUAGCCCAGUCUUUGGAGAUCUUGACAUUCCAAAAACCAACAAGAGCUAGAGGUAGUGAUCACCAGUGGCUUAUCAUGUGACUUUGUUGAAAAUUUUCUUCAUAACAAAUAAAAGUUCGCUUUGUUCCUUUUCUUGUCAUUUGCUAUGUUCUCCGAGAAUAGGUCAGUUGCCAUCCCUUUUUGAUGUGAGGAUAAUUUACCUUUUACUUAGAUAUGUAGUUUGGAUUUGGAAUUGGAAUUGGAAUUGUGAUGGGGCCUUGUUAGCUUGGUAAUAUUUGCCAAGUGUAACAGCCGUUGUGAGCCUGAAAUAUUUACUGGAUUCACUAUUCUUAACGUUCCUGCAAGUUUUAUUGGCAGUUACUACUCUUGACAUCAUCAUUUUCAUCGAAUUUAUUUUUUUUGUUUGGACUGUCUUGGAAAAGACAAACUGGAGAAAUUAGAAUAGUUUUUGCUAAAUGGCUGGUUAGCCA